ACACAUGACCGAGAACUCAAACAGAGAGACUGAUUUUGCUCUUGGUCUAAAAAACGGCAGAUUUAUUUGUGUAUCUACCAGCUUGAGGUUACACCCCCUGGCUUUAGAUAUAACCUCUCAUAGUACAUUUACAACUAAUACUACUAAACUUUGAAAUAGCUGUAAUUAAAAAAACAACAACUUUGUAUUGAUCAUUCUGUAUCUACUGUUUGCGGGACAGUUACUACUACUGGACUCGCUGGACUGUCGGACUGCAGUAUCAACAUAUUGGAGUUUCAUUUUAGGGGAAACCAGUGCAUUUUCUGCGAAGUCCUCUCUGCCAGUGGUGCGGGACCUGAUCGAUCACUUUGACACUUCUAUUACCAUCUAUCACUUUUACCUCUGCCUCCAGUUGUUGUUCGUUUAGAGGAGUCGCUGUCACACACCAUGCCAGCGAACCAGGCCUUUGUCACCCUGGCCACCACAGACAGCUACUGCAUGGGGGCUCUGGUGGUAGGACAGUGUUUACGACGACACAGGACCACACGCCAGACUGUUGUGAUGGUCUCCACUAAUGUCUCUAGCCAGGCACGGGCUGCCCUGGGCCAUGUGUUUGACCAGGUCCUGGUAGUGGAUUUGCUGGACAGUGGAGACCAAGCACAUCUAUCCUGGCUGGGACGACCAGAACUGGGGGUCACUUUCACCAAGCUCCACUGUUGGACCCUCACCCAAUACAGCAAAUGUGUGUUCCUGGAUGCAGACACACUCGUGCUGUGUAACGUGGACGAGCUGUUUGAGCGUGAGGAGCUGUCUGCGGCCCCUGACCCUGGCUGGCCGGACUGUUUUAACUCAGGAGUGUUUGUGUUCCGGCCCUCUCUGAUCACCCACGGCAGGUUGUUGGAGCAUGCACGACAACACGGCAGCUUCGACGGUGGGGACCAGGGCCUCUUGAAUACAUUUUUCAGUGACUGGGCUGUUAGAGAUAUCAGUAAACACCUGCCUUUUGUGUACAACCUCAGUGCCAUCGCAGUCUACACCUAUUUGCCUGCUUAUCAAGAAUAUGGUCACAAUGCUAAGAUUGUCCACUUCCUGGGUUCGGUCAAGCCAUGGAAUCUACGUUCUAACUCACAGACCAAUCAGCACACCAACAGCCACCUGGAAGAGUUUGUUUACCAGUGGUGGAUGGAGUACUCCUACUUACAUCACCUUAUAAAGACAAUGUCCCAUCAAGAACCUGCUCUGCCAAGCCAACAUGCUGGGCCAAAGCUACAUAGCCAGGGAAGAGAAGAAGAGAAGACAAAGGCGAGAGAAGAAGAGAAGCCAAAUUGGAGAGAAGAAGAGAAGCCAAAGGGGAGAGAAGAAGAGAAGCCAAAGGGGAGAGAAGAAGCGAAGCUAAAGGGGAGAGAAGAAGCGAAGCUAAAGGGGAGAGAAGAAGCGAAGCCAAAGGGGAGAGAAGAAGAGAAGCCAAAGGCGAGAGAAGAAGAGAAGCCAAAGGCGAGAGAAGAAGAGAAGCCAAAGGCGAGAGAAGAAGAUAAGCCAAAGGGGAGAGAAGAAGAGAAACCAAAGGCGGGAGAAGAAGCGAAGCCAAAGGGGAGAGAAGAAGAGAAGCCAAAGGGGAGAGAAGAAGAGAAGCCAAAGGCGAGAGGAGAGAAGCCAAAGGCGAGAGGAGAGAAGACAAAGGCGAGAGAAGAAGAGAAGACAAAGGCGAGAGAAGAAGAGAAGACAAAGGGGAGAGAAGCAACAGUGUCGUUGAUAGAGGACCUCACAGAAUCAUUAUUCCGAAAAGCCAAUCUGCUCACAGAGGAGAGGAAGAAGAGGCUUGAUUCACCCACGCAGCCAGGAGAAAUGCGUACCCAACGUCAGGGUGUAUCCACGGGGAAGGAGGGAGGAGCUGGAGACAGAACAGCCAACCAGGACCCACCUGGACCCAGUGAGGAAGGGUCAGAGGUCACUGAAACAGCCUUCAACCCCAUGGAGGAUCCUGCCACUGAACCUGUAGGCCACCUGUCUACACUAAUAUACACGGAGUGUACAAAACAUUAGGAACACCUGCUCUUGGCGUAGAUUGACCAGGUGAAACCAGACUGCCGCCAAGACAGAGGAGGAUGAUCUGGAGCAGCGGAGACUGUGGGAGGAGGGCCAGGCGGACUACCUGGGCAAAGACGCCUUCGACAACAUCCAGAAAAAACUGGACCGAUUCUUAUAUUUGUAGCUUGUUUCGUGUGGCAAGAUACUGUAGCAAUAGUACUGUAUACUCAUGUUCAUGUUGAAGUUUGUUAUGUCUCUUAGCGUAGACCACCAAUCUAAUAGGGGUUUCUGUGUCCCUUUGCUGUAAAAAAUAUAUAUAUAUAUAUAUAUAUAUAUAUAAACUUGAUUCCAAUUUCAUUUAAAAAAUGUGCUCAUAGAAUUCAUGUUGAGAUGCAUUCCUUAUUUUGAUGUUAUGCUGGAUAUAUCAGGAAGAUUUUAAAUUGUCUCUAUGUUGCCACUUGAGGGCACUGUGGCUUUUUAAAUAAAGCACUUUUCCUGGUCAAAGAUGAAGUCACACGCGACUCCAACAGCCCUAUAGGGGUCAUGAUAGUCUUGCGUAGACUACGGCAACUAGGGAAAGAAGAAGUAAUAUUGGCCUCAGGGAUCCUAUUCAUACAUGUUGUUGGAGCAAUAUUCAUCUAUAGGCUUAUACACCACUAUUGUCCUAGUAGAGAAUGGUAGCCCUCACUGUGAGGGUCUGGGAAGGGCUGUGUAGACCUACCAAGGCUAAGGAGAUAUGAGAUCAGCACAGAACUGUUAACGCUAUCCUGAAAGACUAAACACAACCUCAAACUGAGAAGAAUAAUAACAUAUUCCAAAACGUAUAUAGGCUACUUACAGUAACAAGCCCACCUUCCCGCUCACUAUCUCUAGUCCAGUCUGUUCCAGUCCUUCAUCUUCCCAUUUGGAGAACAGCAGCAGCCUUAUGUAACUUAAGGCUGCACUUAAAUGGACUAAUCAGCCACACCUUUAAAAUCAGGCAAGUGGAGUCAUCUGGCUGUAUUCUCUACCAGUUAUUCAAUAGCAUUGACAUCACAAUAACCCUCCUAAAGGAGUUCACUACUGCCUGAGUCUAUUUGCUUUGACAAUCGCUUUCAUUUGACACCAAGAUGUUUUCUCUGAAUUCCAUAGCUUCGCUGUCAGGUACAUUAACUGUGCUAUCCACCGAGCCAGGUUGAAGAUCUAGCAAACCGCAUUGCGCUGUUAAAAACAGGAGCUUCAGGCAAUAGUUUAGGAGGGUGGAGGCGUGAGGAGAGAAAAAUACAGUAUAUUUCAGUUAGUUUCCUUUUGUUUACUCCCCCUUAAAUGUGUUUCAGUGCUAGACACUGCGUCCCGAAUGGGACCCUAUUCCCUAUAUAGUGCACUACUUCUACUGGUUCUGGUCAAAAGUAGUGCACUAUAUAUGGAAUAGAGUGACAUUUGGGAUGUAUACACUGAUACCUCACAGGAAGAAAUGUAGGUAAUCAUCUCGGCUCUUUCAGACGAUGGGGGGGGACAAGGUUUUCUUUUCGUUGUCUGAUAUUCACCCAAAAAGAAAGUCCUCCAAGCUGGCUGCUUUUAGUAAUAAAGCAUUAAUAACAUUUCUAGGACAAUCACAGGCCAAGAGGAGGUAUACUGUAUUUAUAUGUGUGUGUGUGUG